AUGUCUAUCGGAAGUCGUUGUUUCUCGUGGUGUUGGUGUUGCAUUCACGGCGACCUUUUGAGAACAUCACUGAAGCCCCUCCUCUCUCGGCCAGAACACCAUUUAGUGUGGCGAGCAAACAUCAUUACUUUACCAGCAUCAGGUUCUACCAUGUCAUCUCCCAAGGAUACGGUGGCGUUUAUCGGUCUGGGCGUGAUGGGUUAUCCCAUGGCCAGGAACCUUCGGGCUGGUCUGGGUUCUGACAAGACGCUCCUCAUCUGUGACGUCAACACCGAUGCUCUCGAGAGGUUCAUGGCUGAGGUCUCAGUUUUGGGGAGAGGUCCAGUCCGGAUUGCACAAAAUGGAUUCGAGGCAGCCAAGCAAGCUGUAAGAUGCCACCGGCCGUCGUUGGCUGCAUGGGUGAAACGUUUCACUGAUAAAAUUGUUGCCAAGGACACGGUCAUCACUAUGCUUCCAAACUCUUCGUCCGUUCUAGCCGUUUAUCUCGAUGCGUCCACUGGAAUACUCCCGGCACCCCCCGAACCUUUGGACCAUAACGCCUGUGGCUCAAAGCUGCUCAUGGAAUGUGGCACAAUAGAGUCGUCAACAAUUCUCACCGUCUCUCGCUCCAUACCCGAGAACCGGGCAACCUUUGUGGAUGCUCCUGUGUCCGGCGGUCCUAUGGGAGCUCAGAGUAAGUCCCUAACUUUUAUGGUCGGCUGUCCACCACCGCUCUCCGCCUCUGUGUUUCCCCUCGUCAAGUCGUUUCUGCGUCAUAUGGGUGAUCCAGACGGUAUCUUCCUUUGCGGAGACGUUGGAGCCGGCACGGCAUUCAAAAUCAUCAAUAAUUACCUGUCAGCUAUAACGUCGCUGGCUGCAUCCGAAGCUUUAAACAUAGGAGUUAAAGCUGGGUUAGAUCCCCGGUUACUGACUCAAGUAAUCAAUGCCUCCGGGGGUCAGUGUUGGGUCACAAGCAAGUCAAACCCGGUACCAGGUGUUCAAGAUAAUGUUCCGAGCACCAGGGAAUACGAAGGGGGUUUUAGGAUAGAGCUUUGUGCCAAAGUGUUGAGAAUGGGCUCGAAGCUGGCCCGGGAUGUGGGUGCGAGAACAGUGCUGGACGAACCUACACUGAAUGCGUUUAGUGAGGCGAUGGAGGACGAGAGAUACAAAGGGAAGGAUGCCAGGGCCGUGUUCAAGUGGUUGAAUGAUCAAUGA